AUGUUGUUGCUGUUAACAAUAGUCACCUGUGUUAAAUCUAUCGUCAAGAGCUUAAUAGAUCCCGCAAGCAUCGCCGGUAUCGCCAGGCUCGUGCCGGCGACCGGAUGCGACACUGGGCACAUAAUGUGGCUGCUUGAUGAGCCCAAUCAACCUUAUGAAGAUUGUGAGCAGCUCCUCUGUUUUCGUUACUACAAUGGUGAAGAUGACGAGUGUGUGGCUGAGUCAUCCUCUCUCCCUCAUAGAAUCAAAGUCGACCUCAAAAAGUUACCUCAUCGACUCAAGGAGGGUAUCUCUAGGAAGAGAAGUGGGGAUCACGUGUCACCCUUCUCAUACAAUAAUGAAAGCUUUGAAAUGAAUUCAGAAAAUAGUCCAAGAAUUGAACGCGUUACUCCAAAUCAAGAUAUUAAGCAUUUGAGCGAAGAUGUUAAUAAGUGCUCAAUUAGUUCUUUAGAUAGAAGCGGGAACUCGAAUCUCGAACCUGCAAAAUGUGAUUCUAGUAAAUCUCUAGUUAGUAAUCUAAGUAAACAAUCUCCUGUAAAUAGUGAAUCUCCCAGUGCGAUUGACUGUAAGCCGACAUCGUCAGGCGUAAAAAAGAAGUGUCCACCACCUGUCGACACCGGAGGCGGCCAACCGUUAAAUGGCGUUAAGAAAAAAACUAAUUUAAAUGUAGGUUUGGAAUCACCAUCAUCGCCUGACACAGAGUAUUAUAAAAUCUGGUCUCCUCAAAAUCCUUGCAAAAUAAUGAAGUUUGUUUAUGAUGUCGAAGGUGCCAAUAUACCCAGUGAUGCCCAAAAAUCGCCGGUUCCGCCUUUACCACCAAGACAAUCACAUAAACCGUUAGAGCGAAUGCAUGCUUUACCUCCUGCAGUACAAAGGCAUAGGAAGCCGAAAAAAAUUAGCAAACCUGAAGAUGCUUUUACUUUUGAAUUAAUUGAUACGGAUGAACAAUUUUUUACUGAUAAAAAUAUUUCCAACUCAUCUGGUUUACAAGGUAACAUGAAUGAUUUUAAACCCGGUGAAUUCUUCUCCGGAAAACAGCAUUCUCUUGCCACGGUUGCAAAUAUUAAAGAUACUCAAAAUGUAGCUCCAUUAGCAACACCGGAGACAGAAGGCAGUUUAUGUGAAUCAACAUUAUCGUCUAUGAAAGUAUCAAAAAUAUUAGACGACAAGAAAUUAAAUAUUGUACCUGAAGGCACACCUACUGUAAGUAGAAAAAAUAUUAUGUUUAUAAAAGAUAUAGGCCCCGAUAACUAUAUAACCACAACUUUUGCAAGAAAAGAGAAGGAUGUGGUAGAUGGUUUUCAUUUAACACCAAAUCAUGCAAAGUCCGAAGAAAAGGCUCAACAUACCUUUCUCAACGAUAUAAGUAAUAGCACCGACUUUGAAGACGAUAACAGAAACCAGAUUGAAGAAAAAGAAAUAACCAUCAAAGGUCACAAGCCUCUGACUAGGCAAAAUUCUGGACGAGCAAAUACUCCUACAAUGAUGACAGCGUUUCUUAAUUCAUCUCAUAUAGAUGGCCCUAGUCGGGAAAGUGGAAGCAAUAGCCCAAACGGUGGUAGUUCAUGUAACUCAUCGCAUUCAACGUCUCCUGUAGAAGAAGGGUGUAAAGGAAUGCCUACCGUGGGUACUUUAUUGAUGAACCGUAAAUAUUCGUGUGAUAGUUCUACUCCUAGGCAUUCAAGUUUACCAAGACACCUAUUAAAGAACCUUGGCUGUGAAUCUACUCCUAAACAUUCCCCGAACCGGACAAACUUUUUAAAAGAGAAUCCGGAGAGUCCAGCACGACCUCAUCCAAGGGUUUUAACCCGUGUUGCAGCCCUGGCAGGCGCGGCCGUACCGCAAUGUCCUCCUACUCCGACGCAUCACAGAAGGCCACGUCCUCUUCCACCACCAGACUUACAUCCUCCACCGAUACAGAGUAUCGAGAAUCGGCAUGAUACUUUUGAAAUGGUUGAAUUUACUAACGAGUUAAGAACGUCGGAGAUAAGAUCUCCAAACUUAGAAUUUAUGAACAGUAAUCACUUUACAAUAGUUCAUGCAGGACCACCUGAUGAUGUUGUAUUGAGGAGACCUCAGCAAGAAAGUGAAGACAAUGAUGACAAUGACAAUGCUGUAGCGUCACCGACACCUCUAAGGCAUAUGGCUGGAAUUAGGCUACCUUCUAUACCUGAAAGAGCGUCGCGGCAGAUGGCACUAACUGGAGAUUUUCCUGCUAAUAUGAUUGGCGGGAUAAUUGAAUGUGAAGAACCGUUACCUCCUGGAUGGGAAGCCCGUAUGGAUAGCCACGGCAGGGUUUUUUACAUCGACCACAUCAAUCGGAUGACCACCUGGCAGAGACCUGCAGCUAAUGGAAGCUCUCCAAGGUCACCUGCUCCAGAAAUUCAGAGGAGACAGCUAGAUAGAAGAUACCAAUCAAUCCGUCGUACGAUGACGCGUACGCAGCUAGGCGAAGAGGAUCGCUCGUCUCCCCCUCCCGCGGCUUCCCCUCGUGAGCCACCACUACCGCCCGCACCCCACCCCGCGGCUGAGUUCCUGGCACGACCAGAUUUCUACUCUAUACUGCAUAUGAAUGCUGAAGCAUCGUCCCUAUACAACUGUAACUCGACCUUAAAGCAUAUGAUAUCAAAGAUUCGUCGGGACACAGCUUCCUUCGAACGAUAUCAACAUAACCGGGAUCUUGUCGCUUUGGUCAAUAUGUUCAGCGAUUCUGAUAGGGACUUACCACUCGGCUGGGAUACAAAAGUCGACAGAAAUGGAAAGUGUUUCUUCGUGGACCACGUGAUGCGUCGUACGACAUUCAUCGAUCCUCGAUUGCCUCGCGCGCCGCAAGCGGGGCCUUUCUCCCCGCUGUUGCCACCGCGUAGGCGCCUGCUCCACCACGAACAGGCGCCGACUCCACCUCCUCGGCCGCCAAUUUCGUCCUCAGACACAUAUACACACCAAACUCAAGAAAUUCCUGUCGCGUAUAAUGAUAAGGUGGUAGCGUUUCUCAGACAACCAAACAUAAUGUCGAUACUACGGGAACGGUGCGGCGGUUGCAACAACUCGCUACGGGAUAAAGUGAAUACAGUCCGAGUUGAGGGAGCAACAGCUCUGGCACGAUACCAGAAUGAUGUGCAGCUCACUUGCUUACUCAGGUAUGUGGAUAACUAA